CAAUCGUACUCGUUCAUAAAGAAACGGACUGACGAACUGUUCAGUUAUCCUCAACAUUUUCUCUUCUCCCUUCUUCUUUUCCCUUUCUCUCGAUUUAUAUAUAUAUAUAGAUAUAGAUAUAUCUAUCCCUCUCACUCUUUCAUUUCCUUUCCCUCACUCUCACAAUUUCUUCAGUCUUUUCUUGCAUACACAGUGAUUCUCUUUCUCUCUUUUUCCAAGUGCAUCUAUUUAAAUAACACGAAUAAUUCGUACAUUUAUUUUUACAAUUUGUUCAACAUAAUCUAUAGUAUCGAGGAUUUGUUUUAUACUCAUGGCGUCGAAUAAUUUACGAACAGGCUUCAAAAAGUUGGUGCAAGAGGAAGGUGCUAUGAAAAAAACCAUAAUCACUGGUCUGGCCGAAAUGCUAGGUACAUCGAUAUUGGUGUUUCUUGGAUGCAUGGGAUGCGUUGGCAGCCUUGGCGUCAUCCCUUCUCAUUUACAAAUCACUUUAAAUUUUGGUUUGAGCGUUAUGAUCGUUAUUCAGUGUUUCGGACACAUUAGUGACGCUCAUGUUAAUCCAGCCAUUACAGUAGGUUCUGUAGUACUCGGUAAGAAAACUAUCCCGGAGGCUUUGGUUUAUUUCUUGGCUCAAGUGUUAGGCAGCAUCCUGGGUUAUGGCAUGUUAAAGGUCGUUACACCUAAGGAAUACCUCAAAGUAGGAGAAGUUGAUGAUACAGAUAAUGUUUGCGUCACUUUUAUUAAUCCAAACAUAUCGGCGAUUCAAGGACUUCUACUCGAAGGUAUAUCCACAUUCGUUUUGAUGUUGGUCGCCUGUGCUGCUUGGGAUAUCAGAAACAAGAUGAAUACGGAUUCUGUGGCGAUAAAGUUCGGUUUUACGGUCGCAGCCUUAGCUACGGCUGUUGGCCCUUACACUGGUUGCAGUAUGAAUCCAGUAAGGUCGUUGGGUCCAGCUAUUUGGAAUAAUCAAUGGAAUCAUCAUUGGAUUUAUUGGUUUGGUCCUAUUGGUGGUGCCCUAUUCAGUUCAGUAUCUUACCGCACAAUUUUCGGUGUUCAAGAAUCACACGAAGAGGAAAAUACACCGGAAUCUGUAGCACUGAAUAGUAUUGAUAUGCCUUUGAAAGUAGAAAUAAGAGAGCAGCAUUGAUUUAAGUACCAGAAUGAACUCCUAUGUGGCCAAAUCGCAUUAUUCGCUAUUUUGAACGACGAUUUUUUUCGAAAAUCUCAAAAAUGAAACAUCCGAAAGACAAAGAAAUGAAGUUAUAGAAGUUAGAAAUGUGAUAGGACGGCAUUUUUAAUAAUCAUUGGUCUAAAUGAAAGUAUCAGAAAUAAAAAUCAGUAUCAGUAAUAGAGAUGAUGUGAGAAGCUUACAAAUAUCAGCUUAUGUUCUAAUAAUUCUGGAAAACAAUUAAUUCCGUUGGCACUAAUCAAAGAAUGCAUAAUACUCGCGAGUCAAUAUGAUUUGCGUUGACUGACGACAAAGCAUUUUUCAUAAAGAUGAGUUUAUGAAGUUUUUAUCAAUUUAUUCUACACUCUGCAACACUUAUCUCAUUUAGAUUUAGAAUCAUUAUUCUUUUUUUCUUGUUUUUUUUUUUUAUAAAUCCUAAUGAAUAAGUUCAUUCAAGAAAUAAGAUUCACUUAUUUUAAGAGUAAUAGAUACUAAAAAGUGAAAGACUUUCCUGAGUUAAUAGGAAAUUGUACGUAAUUUUGGUAUCAUCAAUCAGGUUCGAUUUUUCAUUCGAAUGAUGCUACAAAAUCUUACGUAAAAGUUCACGAUUUUUUUCAGUCAAUAUUUCUAUUUUUAUUUGACGCGUAAUUUUCAUCAAAGUGAAUUUGCAUACAAAUAACAUUGCUAGUUAACUACUAUAAGUAAUGAAAAUAUUGAAUAGUGGAUGAUAUACGUUCGUAUAAUACAUUUGUUUAAUAUGUAUUUCGUUAGUAUUGUUCCUAUACUAUCUAUAUACUUAUUAUAUCCAUAAACUUAACUUUCG